AUGGAGGAAGUGCAGAAGGUAGUGCUUAAUGAGAAUUGCUCCGCCGCAAUGCUAAACAAAUUACCAAAGAAGAAGGGUGAUCCGGGGAGCUUAACUUUGCCUUGCCAAUUUGGCAACUUGGCUGCAAUUCAUGCCUUAGCUGAUUCUGGAGCAAGUGUGAACCUUAUGCCAUACUCGUUCUUUAAAAAGCUGGACCUCCCGGAGCCAAGGCCAAUUCGAAUGGCAAUUCAUUUGGCAAACAAGACGGUUACUUUUCCAAGAGGCAUUUGUGAAGAUUUGCUAGUAAAAGUAGACAAAUUUGUCUUCCCGGCUGAUUUCAUCAUUCUCGACAUGGAGGCGGAUCCGCAAGUGCCAAUCAUCCUUGGAAGGCCCUUCCUCAACACCGCUAGCGCUAUCGUAGACAUGAGAGAUUCUAAGCUCACAUUGCGAGUUGGGGACGAUUCAGUGACAUUCGGGGUAGACCAAGCCAUGAAGUACUCAAGGAGUAGUGACGACACAGCUUUCUCAAUCGACAUGCUUGACGAAAUAUUGGAAGAAGACAUACCUAAAGAUUCCGGCAAAUUUGCAGCUUUGGAUGAAGAAUUUGAUCCAGAAAAAGACUUACUAGAGAUUGAAAGACUGUUGGAAGAAGCGGAGUAUGAAGAAAUAAAGAAGCAAGCUGAAAGAACUACUCGCCGAGAUGCCAAGCCAAGACUAAUACGAUGGGUGCUGCUUCUUCAAGAAUUCGAUAUAGAGAUACGAGACAAGAAAGGAAUGGAGAACGUAGCCGCCGAUCAUUUAUCUAGGCUCGAGAACCCGACAUUGCAAGAAGAUAAGGAUGGAGACGACUUUCCGGAUGAAUACAUUAUGGUGUCCGUGGGAGAGGAGCCAUGGUUCGCAGACAUAGCUAACUAUUUAGCUACCAAUUACAUCCCGAAGGAUUAUAGUAGUCAGCAAAAGAAGAAAUUCUUUGCGGAGAUCAAAUAUUACUUUUGGGACGAUCCAUACCUCUUUCGAAGCUGUGCGGAUGGAAUUAUACGAAGAUGUGUGCUCGGAAAGGAGAGUUGA